CAUAGGCCUAUACAAUGUACAUGUACUAUGAAGGAAUCCUGAACAGCAUCCACAGGAUUCCACUUCAGCGCAUUUGAAAGCCUGACCUAUCCACACACGUACAAGCUCAGAGUUCAAGAGUAGCAACAACUGACAGAACAGCGCGUGUUGAUACACAGUACACAGUGUUCAUCAGGCUGCCAUCAUGAGCCUUACCGAGCAGAUCCAGGCGAUGAUGCCGGACUUGAUCGGCGGCAAAACCCACCAGCAAGUGGAGAAGGAGUGGGCGGCCCACGAGAAGCUGAUGGGCUGUCACGUCGUGGACGGUGUCAAGUUUCCUUUCUAUGUGCCUCAGUCGAACCUGGAAGCCCUGAAGACUUUCGAGGUGCGCGAUGACGACGUGUUUGUUAUCACCUGUCCGAGAUCAGGCACUCACUGGGUGGGUGAAAUAGUCCAUUACGUCCUUCACGAGGGGAAGGGGGAUUUCGACCGCUCGUUCAUGAACUACGCGUGGGAGUUCACGCGUUCGGAUGAUCCAACUAAAAUGGACAGCGUCACCCCCGGGUACAAGGCCUACGCAGCCAUGAAGUCGCCCAGGUGUAUCUUAACCCACUGCUUGGAGAGGUUUCUCCCCCUUCAUAUCUUGUCUGGCAACGCAAAGGUGGUUUACGUAGCCCGAAACCCCAAAGACAGGCUUGUCUCGCUGUUCAACAUGGCGUCACAUUGGACAUUUGACGAGGUGUUCUGGGGAUAUUGCCUUGAAAAAAUGAUGUUUGGAUCUUGGUUUGAUCACGUGCUUGGCUACUGGAAGCAUCGAGACAACAAGAAUCUUCUAUUCCUGAAAUACGAAGAUCUCCAUAAGGACCUCAGGGGAUCCAUCUGCAAAAUCGCCAAGCAUGUCGGGAAGGAUCUGCCCGAUGACGUCAUCGACGGCAUCGUGGAGAGCGUGGCCUUUAGCGGGAUGCAGAGGACUUACCAACAGCUAGAGAACGAUCUGGGCGAGGACGGAAAACGGUUCACUCACUCCGAGGGGAAGGCACCGUACUUAAGAAAGGGACAAGUCGGCGACUGGAAGAACACUUUUACGGUGGCACAGAGCGCCCUCUUUGACAAGAUCUACGCCUUGAGAAUGGAAGGGACGGGCUUAGAGUUUGAUUUUGAGCUUUGAGAUUUAAAAAGUCAGCCCAGACAUCUACAUUGCUCCAUAAAGCCUAAAAUCUAACAAUUCUGUCAAAGCCGCAAGGAUGUUUGGUUAAAUAUGUGCUUCUCGGGAUUCACUGUAUCAAGGAAACUGCGAAUCGGGCAAAGUGUAUUCCCGUGGAAAUGUUGUAUGGAGGAGAGCAUUGUUCACAUGGCUAUCCAUGAUUGCAUUAUUAUGUACUCUGCAUUGUAAUGACUUUCAAUACGGUUGAUUCACAAUAGUGCGCCUUCAGGUGUUUG